CACUGCGCUUGCGGUUCAGCAUCCAUUUCUUCAGGUUCUUCAUUUCCCCUGGGACUGCAAGACAAAUACCCGGGGUCCCCGGACCAUAGCCGAGGAGAAUUAAGACAGGGUGGUGAACCUGGGAGGCUGCCUGGCAGAGGUGGCGCCAGCUGCCCGUGGGUGGAGCCUCGUAGCCCUGCCCUGUAACCCCGCCCCUGCCCUGUCGCUCUACUGGGCUCUAGCCAGCGCGCAGCAUCCAGCGCUGCGGGCUCCGGGCUAUGGACGCCCCGGGUGCUCCGGCCCCAGCCGCCGCCCCCAGCUCGGCGAGGAAGGAGCUGAAGAUAGUGAUCGUAGGUGACGGCGGCUGCGGCAAGACGUCCCUGCUAAUGGUGUACUGCCAAGGCUCAUUUCCCGAGCACUACGCCCCGUCGGUGUUUGAGAAGUACACGGCUAGUGUGACAGUGGGUAACAAGGAGGUGACCCUGAACCUCUACGACACGGCUGGGCAGGAAGACUACGAUAGGCUGCGGCCCUUGUCCUACCAGAACACACACCUCGUCCUCAUCUGCUACGAUGUCAUGAACCCCACCAGUUACGACAACGUCCUCAUCAAGUGGUUCCCCGAAGUCACACAUUUCUGCCGAGGGAUCCCCACGGUGCUCAUCGGCUGCAAGACAGACCUGAGGAAGGACAAGGAGCAGUUGCGGAAACUCCGGGCAGCUCAGCUGGAGCCUAUUACCUACACACAGGGCCUGAAUGCCUGUGAACAGAUGCGAGGUGCACUCUAUCUGGAAUGUUCUGCCAAGUUUCGGGAGAAUGUGGAAGAUGUCUUCAGGGAAGCCGCCAAGGUGGCCCUCAGCGCCCUGAAGAAAGCGCAGAGACAGAAAAAACACAGGAUCUGCCUGCUGCUGUGACCCUGGGGACAGAGGGCCUGACUGGAACUAUUACAGCCAGGGACCCAGGCCCAGUGGGUCUUACAGUGUCUGGCAUCUGGGGACUCUCAGAACAUUCUGGAAUGGCCCCUUUGGGUUCAGGCUGUAGUGCACUAGUGAAUGAGGGUGCCAGACCCACCAAUGUUCCUCUACUUCAUGACUGGCACUUGUCCCAGGCCACAGGAGGGUCCUUGUCACAGCUCCUCUGCCCCCAGCCAUGCGUGUCUCUCCCUUUCCAAACCAAUUUAUGCCUGAAACUCAGAACUGGCACCGGGGAAUUGUGGGUAAGCAUGGGUACACAACGCUGUUCACGAGAGUCCCAAGCCCACUGUUUCUGUCACAGUCUCCCUGAGCUCCUGAGAUAGGCUCGGCUACAUCCUCCAGCCCCUUCCUGCUUCCCUUCAGGAACCUGGGGACCACAGCCUAUCAGGAGAACACAGGCAUCAAGCCGGACGUGGGUCUGGCACCAGCUUCUCCCUUCCUACCACACCGAGGACUUCUGUCUCGGGCUUGGUCACAGCCUGAGAUGCAUGUUCAGAGUGAGAAGAAACAAUCUCUCAAAAUGUCAAAAUAUACUCGGGCCAGCCAGGCCACUCAUCUGACCCCUGCUCCAGGUCUGACCUCCAACUCCCCAGCCGACUACUGGAAACUCCUGAUGGUUGGGUUCAUCCCACCAUUGGGGACCUCAGACAAAUGGGCUCUCCCUAGACUAUGGCCCACCUGAAAAUGGGUCAUUAGUCAGUCAAGCUCCUCACUGGUCCACUCAGUUUCUGCUUCUACUGGAUGUGGAGCUCAGGAGUAGCCUACCUCUGCCUCAUUCCAGAACUGACAUGGCCACCCCUGUCCACGCUGGACAAUUUCUCAGAACUAGCCUGCUGACUAUCUCCAACAGCCAAAGUCUUGAGUCCUGGCACUCCUCCUGGACGUCACAACUGUUCAAUACCUACGUGGUAUACCAGGUAGGUUUAGCGCCUCCAAGAUGAAGGCACAGUCCGAGAAGAAACCAUGGCCUUGGCUGGCCCCUGCCCCAGCACCACUUGACUUGGUCCCCUUCCCCAAAUGCUCCAAGCCCCUGCUGUCCCCUGCGGAGCCAAACAAGGACCUCUUGUUCUCUCAGAACCCAAGGCCUUGUGAACAGAUCGUGGGAUACAGCAGCAGUCAGCAACCCACAGCCUGUGGGCCACAUGUGGCCGGCUGCCUGGUUUUGUAAAUAAAGUUUUAUUGAAUAGCCA